UCUGCUAGUAAAUGCAAAAACGAGUUAUUAUUUUCAAUCAAUUCUAUCGUUCGACAUCCUUUUGAACUUUCUCUACGAAUUUUUGUUUGCAUGACCGAAUCUAUAUCUCAAGCGGUCAACAAUGAGACUUUCAACAUCGAUAACGAUUUGACCUUUGGAUCUAUCGAUGCUAAUUUUUCUAAAGGCUUGGACGGCUUAGAAAAAAAUGUUUCUUCAUUUUUACAAGACGUCAGACAACCUCCCUCUUUCAAUGGAAGAAGGUUAUCUGAUGCAAAUGAGUUAAGAAUUAAUCGAAAUAAACGUGGUUCUCGUUUGAAUUCUGGUGUUCCAUCGAGAACAACUCAAAUGACUUUGAAAGAACAAGAACGGGUUGUUGAUGAGAUUAAAAAGGAAAAUUUCGGUUUAAAGAUGAAAAAUAUUGAAAUAAAAGUCCAAAAUCAGAAUCUUAAAAACGAAAUAAAAGAAUACAAAAACGAAUACAAUAAAUUAUUAAAAACUUUUCAACAGAAUGGUACUGAUUGUCUUUUACAGCAUGGUAUGUCACCAGCUGAAGAAGCUGAUUUUAAUAGAGCUAUUAGUCGGACAGAAGAACUUAGUCAAGAGAAUAAUCGUAUUCAUCGCAAGCUCGCUGAACAACAAAGUGAAGUUAAACGUCUUCGUGAAUUAAUAAAGUUAACAAAACCUGAAUUUAAUUUUGAUGAUGAGACUUCAUUGGACUUAUUUGGAUCAAGUACUGAACAUCAACAAUUGAAAGAGUUGAUAAAUCGUGACCAAAAUACUAAGUUAAAAGAGACAUUGCGUAAAGAAAGGGAUGAAGCUGAAGGACUUCGGCAACAGAUACUUGAUCUUAAAAAUCAAUUGACUGAAUCAAAUUUGGAAUUAAAGCGGUUACAAGAUGCUCCAAUGGUCGAUGAUUGGGAUAUGGGUAGAAAAAUAAAUGAUGCUGCUGAUAAAGCAAGGCAAGAUGAGAUUGAAAAAUUAAAAGAGCAAAUUACUAAUCUUGACAAGCAAUUGGCUUCCCGAACAAAUGAAAAUGAUGAUUUAUAUUCUGAAUUCGAAAUGAUUAAAGGUCCCCUUAGUUCUACUUCAUCUCGUGGUGAUAUUGCUUCGCGUAUCUUUAGUGGAGAAUUUAGUGAACAAUACGAAGAGAGUCUUGGUCACUUACGUGAUAAAGUAGCAGAGCUGACACUUCAACUACGUGAAAAAUCUAUUGAAGUCGAUCAAUUGGUAGCUGAACUAGAAAGAAACACAUUAGCACAUUCUACUUCUGUUCAAGAUUUUGAAGAUGAAAUGGACAGAAUGGAAGGCCAAUUCCAGGAAGAGACUGCUUUAUUGAGAGAUCAAUUGGAUGAACUGCAAAAUGAAAAUGAUCAAUUAGUAUAUGAGCUUGAGACAUUAGACCGUAUUUGCCAAGAAAGUGAUAUACGUUAUGAAGAGUCGAAGGCUCAAUUGGAAAAUCAGCAACGUGAGAUAUUGGAAUUGUCUCAAUCAGUUGAAAAGGAUCAAACUGAAUUAGAAAACAAAUCAAAGGAGUUGAUAAGCAUGACAGAAUCUCUGAAAAAGGAUAAAGAAGCUUAUGAAAAAGAACUCGAAAGGUUACGUAAAGAAAAGAAAGAAAGUGAAAAACAAUAUGAACAGAGAAUAAUCGAGUUAAAUGAGAAAUUGUCAACUGCACAACUGCAAAUAGCAGAUGUUAAUUUAACGAUUCAAGAACGUGAUGCAGAUCUCCAAUAUGUUCGACAACAACUCGGUAACCAGACUAACCGAACGAAAGAUACUGCAGAUCGUUAUGUGAAAGAGCAUGAAAGGCUACGAGUGGAAUUGGAUACCAUGCGUCAAGAAUCAGAACAAUUGCGCACUCAAUUAGAAAUUGUUGGUGAUGAGCUCGAAAAUAAAAAAACAUUCAUUAUCGAAUACGAAAAUGAAAUUAAACAUUUGAACAAUAUUCGUACAAAAUUAAACGAAAAAAUAGUGGCAAGCGAUGCCGUUAGAUCGAAAUCGGAGGAAAUUAUCCGUAACUUGCAAAUGGAAAUUCGAGACAAAAAUUCUACCAUUGAUGAGUUAAGAGCGCAAAUUGCCUAUCUCGAAAACCGGAUUAAAGAAUUAGAAUACAGGGAAAAGGAGACAGGAGAAAGGCUCCAGAUUGAAAAACAAAACAUUGAAAAUCAAUUACAAGCUCAGAAUCGUAGGAAUACUCAAUUGCAAGAAAUGAUUUCUAUGCAAAAGGCUUCAAUGGAGGAGGCUACAAAUGAAUCAAAGGUUAGGGAAGCUAAGGUAGAAAAUACAUUUGCAAUGUUAAAUGAACAGCUUCGCGAACAAUUGGAUGAAAAGAAUAAAACUAUUGAAAAUGAGCGACGGAGAGUUAAGAAUUUAGAAGAACAAUUUUCUAGCAUGCUUGAAGAACAAAAACGGCUACAUUCACAGAUUGAACGGAGAGAAACCACAAUUAACAAAGUUCUCAAUGGACUACAAAUGAUCAACCAACGCAAAGAUGUGAUGGAAAAUGCGGCAUUGAAAAAUAUAACAGAGGAUAUGCAAAUUACGUUGUCACUUGACCGAAAACCCUCAUACCAACCUCCCGUUUAUAUUAAUCCGCCUUGGAAACCGGCUGGCACCAAUCUUAACGCUAAAAAAACUGUAGUGAAAAAUCCAUCAACUAAAUCAUCAUCCAUUCCAGUUUCUUUAAAAUCAAAAGGUGUAAGUUCUAAUAAAUCAUUAAUACCGACACCUAGUGAAAAGUAG